AUGACCGAAACGCUCACAGCCAACAAGCCGGCAACGACCCUCCUCCGCCUGGCCUCCGGCAACGGCCCCGUCACACGUACCGUCCUGACAACCCCCCUUCGCGAUGCCCUCCCCUCUGAGAUACCCAUCAUCGACAUAUCCGGAGCCUUCAGCGACGCCCUCGCCGACCGCGAAGUCGUGGCGCAGCAGAUCCGCGCCGCCGCCACGACCUCGGGCUUCUUCUACAUCGCCAACCACAACAUCCCCGCCUCGGUGACCGAAUCGGCCAAGGCCGCCUGCCUCGCCUUCUUCCGCCAGCCGCUCGAGGCCAAGAUGCAAGCCCACGUCGGCAAGUCGCGCUACUUCAACGGCUACAAGCCGCCGGGCUCGCAGCGCAUCAACAAGUCCGAGUCGGUCGACGCCCGCGAGACCUUCAGCUGGACCUACGACCCGCGCUUCGACCCCGCGGCCCCGCCCGUCGAGGCCAUCCCGCCCGCGCCCGGCGGCUUCCUUGCGAAUGAAGAAGCGGCGGCGCAGGGGCCCUCGGCCUCCGCGAACGGGGGCGACGGCCCGGCCGAAGUCUCAAUCGGCUCGCACACGGAUUUCCAGCUGUUCACCAUGCUGUGGCAGGACGACGUCGGCGGGCUGCAGGUGCUCAACCGCGACGGGCAGUGGAUCCGCGCGUCGCCGGUGCCGGGCACCUUUGUCGUCAACAUUGCCGACUACCUGCAGCGCAUCACCAAUGACCUGUACGUGAGCACGGUCCAUCGGGCUGUGAACCGCAGCGGCAGGGAGAGGAUCAGCAUGCCCUUCUUUUUCGGCUUCGGGCUGCAUGAGAGUUGUGCUGUCAUCAAGAGCUGUCUGAAGGACGGGGAGGCGCCGAGAUAUGAGGAGAUUGGAUGUGACGCGUGGGUGAAGAAGAGGGCCCAGGCCAUGCACAAGACGGAUUCAGAUGACGAAGAGGCAGACUGA